ACAACCAUAUAAAUUCACUCUCAAAACUCUCACCAAUAAGAUCACAUCAAACACUAUAUACUACAAACAACAAAGCAAAAAAAAAAAACUCUCCUUUUCAUUUCAUGGAUCAGGAACCAAAAACAAGCACCAUGCAACAAUGUGGAACAGCCCCGACAACAACAUCAUCAUCGUAUCGUGGUGUUCGACAACGAAAAUGGGGCAAAUGGGUGUCGGAAAUCCGCGAGCCGGGGAAGAAGAGCAGAAUAUGGUUGGGGAGCUAUGAGUCGCCGGAGAUGGCAGCAGCAGCUUAUGACGUGGCGGCGUUGCACCUCAGAGGACGCGCCGCCAGACUCAAUUUUCCUGAACUGGCGGAGACACUGCCACGUCCCGCCAGCUCCAAAGCCGAGGAUGUACAGGUGGCAGCACAACAAGCGGCGUUGAGGUUCACUAGGUCACCAACAAUGUCACAUGAUCAGAUAUGUGUCAGUGAAACUAGUGACAGUAACAGUAACAGGAACAAGAACAGGAACAGUGUGGUUCCUCUGCAAGUGGGGCUUUCGGCUACACAGAUUCAAGCUAUAAAUGAGUCUCCAUUGGAGUCACCGAAGAUGUGGAUGAUGCAAAUGGCAGAGACACUUAGGUUUGGGUUUGGUGAUGAGUACUCUAUGAUGAUGGUGUCUUGUGAUGGUGAUGGUGAUGAUGAUUAUGCCAUGGAGUUGAGUGGAUGGGAAGAAAUGCAUCAUGAAUCCUUAUGGGACUCUCCUGAAUAUAUGUGAUUGAUAUAUUCAAUUAAUGCACCCUUGAUUUAGGGCAUUCUAUUUAUUAAUGAAUGAUUAAAGAAUCAUGUGGUUUUAGUGAGACUGAUUCAAUGAAGCAAUAGGAUUAUUUAAUGUUGUCAAUUUCGAAUUUCAUCACCACCCAUUUUUGUUUCUCCUAUAUUGAUUCAAUUGUAUUUUGGUUUAUAGUUUUAAUUAUCCAUCUAAGUUCCUGAAUAAAUCGACGUGUUGGUCAUCUUAUUUAUUUAA